UCAGCUGCCAGCAGACACUCUUGCGGGUCCCCAGUAUACCUUAAUUGAAUAAAAAUGAUGGAAGAGAGUGGAAUAGAGACAACGCCCCCUGGGACUCCUCCACCAAAUCCUGCCGGGCUGGCCACUGCUGCAGUGUCCUCCACCCCAGGUCCUUUAGCUGCAGCCAGUUCCUUUUCUUCUCCAGAUGUGUCCUCUCUGCAGUCCUUGCCGCCGCACGCCUACUCUACCCCCCAGCCGUCCCUCCCCCCUGUGAGGCCCUCUGCACCGAUGCCUUUUGUGCCUCCCUCCCCAGUUCCUUCUGUUCCACCACUUGUUACUUCUGUACCACCUUCUGUGCCUCCUCCAACUGCUGCUGCCUUCAGUAAUCCUUCCCUACCCCGCUUCCCACCUUCAACUUCUGCCCCAAGCACUCUUUUAUCUGCACCCUCUGCGGGUCCUCCUACUUCAGGUUUUUCUGUUGGUUCAACUUAUGACAUUACGAGGGGACAUGCAGGAAGAGCCCCCCAGACGCCCCUGAUGCCAUCAUUUUCUGCACCUCCAGUAACAGGUAUUUUGCCAGCUCCCAUUACUCAGCAAGCCAGUUUGACAUCUCUGGCACCAGGACCUGGAAGCACAUCAGCCAUUACUUUUCCAGAGGAACAAGAAGAUCCUAGAAUUGGUAGAAGUCAGGAUGAAGCGUCUGCUGGUGGACUGUGGGGUUUUAUUAAGGGUGUGGCCGGGAAUCCAAUGGUGAAGUCCGUGCUUGAUAAAACCAAACAUUCGGUAGAAAGCAUGAUUACGACGCUGGACCCUGGCAUGGCUCCAUAUAUCAAAUCUGGAGGUGAACUGGAUAUUGUAGUGACCUCAAAUAAAGAAGUGAAAGUCGCUGCCGUCCGAGAUGCCUUCCAGGAGGUCUUUGGCUUAGCUGUGGUUGUGGGGGAAGCUGGGCAGUCCAAUAUCGCCCCACAACCGGUGGGCUAUGCGGCUGGAUUAAAAGGUGCUCAGGAACGGAUAGAUAGCUUGCGUCGAAGUGGAGUGAUCCAUGAAAAGCAGACUGCUGUGUCCGUAGAAAACUUCAUUGCAGAAUUGCUACCCGACAAGUGGUUUGACAUUGGUUGUUUGAUAGUUGAAGAUCCCAUCCAUGGCAUUCACCUAGAAACGUUUACACAGGCCACACCAGUGCCUCUGGAAUGUGUACAGCAGGCUCAAAGUCUAACACCCCAGGACUACAGUCUGAGGUGGUCAGGCCUUUUGGUGACAGUGGGCGAAGUCCUGGAAAAGAGUUUACUAAAUGUCAGCCGGACUGAUUGGCACGUGACUUUCACUGGCAUGUCUCGUCGACAGAUGAUCUACAGUGCAGCCAAAGCAAUAGCGGGCAUGUAUAAACAGCGCCUGCCCCCCAGGACCGUGUGAGAAAAGACUGCCCCGGGGUGCUGAGACUUCCCCACUUGGAGCUUGGUAGUAAAGAAGAGAUCAUACCUUCUAAAAUUGGAUAGCUUCAAUGAAUCCAGCAGUUCUGAUAAUUUUCUUUUAGGCUGCAGUUUUUUUUUUUUCUUAGGCAUGGUGUCAUUCCAGUAGAUGAAACACAUCCUUUUUAUGAUCAUAUAAUUUCAUAUACCAUAGUUCUCAAAAGAGAACUUAUAUAAAUAUUUUUAUAGGACAGUUUGAUAUAUCAGAUUUAUAAGGUGCAAAAUUUAUGUGCUAAGACAUUUAACUUAAUGAUAUGUGCUUGAUUUUUUUUAAGACAUAGUUAAUUAAAGAAUAUGUUUACUAAAUAUUCUUUAAAAGCGUUGUUUCUUUUAAUUCAUGAUUAAUCUCUUCCCUGUCAGUCUUUGAAGCUUUUUGUGUGUGCAUGUGAUCUGAGGCCUGAUGCCGAGUGGUGUGCUCAACAGUUUACCUUAAGACACCUACUCAUAGGGAGAUGGCAUGUGUGUCUACACAUGUUUUUAACAUGGGCCAAAGUAACAGAAUUGAUCAUUUUCUUUUUGGUUAUCAUGUACACAUAGUCUGGAAAAAUUCUACUUUUUUUGUUUUUUAAAAUAAGUUUUGGCAGUUCACAGAUUUAUACUAUGAACAUUGGGGUAAUACAUUUUUUCAUUGCUCUAUGACAACUGAGUGGCAAAUGAUUCAAGUAUAUUUUAAAUCAGAAGCAUCUGUGUUAUUUUCAUAUAAUACUAUGCAGUACGUCCAAGUAAACUCGGACAACAGCCAUUGUUUGUGCUUCUACACAUAUUUUCCCAACUGUAAUGGAGAAAUUUGAGAGGGAAUUACUUUGUUGUUUAUGGAAUUGUCUGCCUCUUAUUUUAGUUAAGGUUACUUCUUACUUAGUUUGCCUUAAACACUGCUUUUCUAACUUUGUGCCAUUCUGCCUUUACUUUAUAUGAAAG